AUGAACGCACCGAUUCAGUCUCCCAAGCGCCAGGACUCCACGUCCUCGGUUUUGUCGUCGUCCUCGCACAUGUCGACGAACCAAAUGGUCCCGCCGCCCCAGGCCACCGGCCAAGCCGCCCCAUCCACCGAAGCCUUCCUCCGAGACUUUACCCUCGUCGCCGAGGCGGCGAAACGCGCCCAAAUGGCUGUUAUGAUGCGCGACUUUGAGUCUUGCGGUCUGUCAUAG